CUCUCUCUGGUUCUUUGCCUUGUUCCGGUCUCGAAAGAUGGGCAACGUCGGCUUCCUGUCUGCUCUUCUUCUGGCGGCGUUCCUCGUCGCCGGCGUUGUCGGUGCCCGUGACCAUCCAGGCAUUGGCGUGUACGAGCUCAGGAGCGGAUACUUCACCGCGCAGUUCACGAACUACGGUGCGACCAUGCUCUCCCUCGUUCUCCCCGAUAAAAACGGUAAAUUGGAUGACGUCGUUCUCGGCUUCGAUUCGCUCAAGGGCUACAAGAAUGAUACUACCUACUUUGGAGCUGUGGUCGGACGCGUCGCCAACAGAAUUGCAGGGGCUCAAUUCACUCUGAACGGGACUGCCUACAAAUUGGUAGCCAAUGAUGGCAAUAACACUCUUCAUGGUGGCAGCAAAGGGUUCGCCGAUGUUGUCUGGAGGGUGCAUAGCUAUGACACAGAGAGUCAUGUUACAUUUACUUACGACAGCUUUAAUGGCGAACAAGGCUUUCCCGGUGAUCUGUCUGUAUACGUCACCUAUAUGCUCAUUGGGACAGACAAGUUAGGAGUCAAACUGGAGGCCAAGGCACUCGACAAGUCGACUCCGGUGAAUCUUGCCCUUCACACCUACUGGAACCUCGCAGGCCAAAACAGCGGCAACAUCCUUUCUCAUGAAAUCCAGCUUUUUGCAUCGAAAAUCACUCCAGUCGACAGUGCUCUUAUACCCACAGGUGAAAUCCGCGACAUCCGAAGAUCGCCAUAUGACUUCCUAGAACCUCACACAAUCGGGAGCCAGAUCAAUGAGGUGCCCGGUGGGUAUGACAUCAACUACGUGCUAGAUGACACCGGAAGCAAGCACUUGAAGAAGGUUGCCAUCGUGCAAGAUAACCACUCGGGAAGGAAGUUGGAACUGUGGAGCAAUCAGCCCGGAGUGCAGUUUUACACAAGCAAUAUGAUUGAUCAUGUGGUAGGGAAAGGCGGAUUUGUUUACACGAAAUACGCCGGUCUUUGCUUGGAGACACAAGGGUUCCCUGAUGCAGUGAAUCACCCAAAUUUCCCCUCGCAGAUAGUGAAUCCUGGACAGCAUUAUGAGAAUGUCAUGGUCUUUCGGUUCUCAGCUCACUAAAUUCCAGCUUCGUUAGAAGUUGUUUUUUGAGACAUGCUCAAGACCAGGAACUUUUUCCCUUACUUUCUUGUCGAUGUUAUCAACCAUCGUUUUAUGUUGAUUUUUUGGUAGAGAUGGUUAUGAGCAUUCGGGAAGAAUAUUUUCUAUGCACUGAUCUGGUCCAAUUUAUGAAAUUUCAGAAAAAUGGUAUUGAUAGCUGAUCAAUCUUUUGACA